AGAUUGAAAUGAGCAAGAGAAAACAAUUGAGUUUUUCUAUUUUAUUAAUUAUCUACCUGUUUGUUAAUUGUGUUACUGGAUUUAUCGAUGACUCAACAAGUGUCGUCGAACGAUCAUCCCGUGAAAUAAAUAACCGGCCACUUUGUACUGCUAAAAAAGAUUAUGACUUGAUAACAGAGCAGUACAAAAGAUUACCAUUACCAGAGAAUCGGUAUGUCGCUGAAUAUAAAAGAUUUCCAGAGUAUCGCUACAGUUUUGGUAUUGGAAAGCGAUGGUACGACGGUUCAAAGAGAAAUACUCCCUAUUCAUUUGGGAUCGGUAAGCGCUAUCCGAUGGAUAAAAUGGAUCAAAUGGAAAAAAAUAAAUUACAUCAGUUUGUUGGUUUGUUUAAUGAUUAUUUAUCCUCUGGGAGCGAUGAUAAUUAUCCAGUAAUUCAAGAUCAACAACAAAAUAAACGGGGUGCUGUUCCUAAAUCUCGUAAUUAUGAUUUUGGUGUUGGAAAACGCAACAUUCAUAUAUUUUCAUCAAUUAAACAGCCACAGCAUAUCAAUCCGGAUGAUAAACAUGAUUCUUCUCCUGAAAAUUACAAUAAUGAUGUUUGGGAACAGGAUUGA